GUGGAUCCUAGCCUACUGGGAUUGCCUUGUUUGUUUCAACCAUCAACUUCUUGACAUCAAAUAAAAUAAACUAUUUAUAUAUUUUUACUAAAUAUAACUUUUUUUUUUAAUUCCUUCCAUCACUUUUAUUUAUUUAUUAAUUGCGUUAGUAAUUACCAACUUAAUAUUUUAGUUUUAUUUUAUCAACAAUUUAGCAGAUGGGAGUCAGCAGAUUGUGUAGAGUAGAAUGAAACAGAAACAUGGGAGUAUUACCAGUGGCUCAUAAGCCAAACCCAGAAAGAUUACUAAUUCAUUCAUCCUCCAUUGAUCACCAAAAUCAACAUCGGAAUCUCCCAAAUUCUGCUUUCUCUCUCCUCAAGGUGCAGAGAAAGAACUCAAAGUGCAGCAUCUUUUCUGGGAAAGAAAGCAGUUAUGUCAGAGGUCAAUUUGUUUCCAGCAAUUUCUUUAAAUUUGAUCAUUGUACUCGUCGAAAACUUCAAGUUGGAGCUGUGGUUUCACCAACUUGUGUGCUUCCAUUAACCGAAGAAAACGUGGAGAAGGUACUAGAUGAGGUGCGGCCUGGCCUCAUGGCCGAUGGAGGAAAUGUGUCAUUGCACGAAAUUGAUGGUCUGGUUGUCGUGCUGAAGCUGGAAGGAGCAUGUGGAUCAUGCCCAAGUUCAGCCAUGACUUUGAAGAUGGGAAUAGAGCUUCGCCUUCGUGAUAAGAUUCCUGAAAUCAUGGAGGUAGAACAGAUUCUAGACACCGAGACUGGCCUGGAACUCAACGAGGAAAAUGUCGAAAAGAUUCUUGCUGAGAUUAGGCCUUACCUAGCAGGCACUGGAGGCGGGCUGCUUGAACUUGACAAAAUUGAAGAUUAUGUUGUCAGAGUACGGCUGAGUGGACCUGCAGCUGGUGUACUGACUGUGCGUGUUGCCCUAACGCAAAAACUAAGAGAGAAAAUACCUUCCAUUGCCGCUGUCCAGCUGACUGAGUAAAAGUUCCUAACCACAGGACAGAAUUUUGUUAAUGACAUGGAGAAUAUCUUGAAGAUAAUAUUUUGGGUAGGAAGCAUCUUCAAAACAUUGCCUAGGAAUGCUGUCUUUUCAAAGUUGAGAUGCUCCCUUGAUCCUUGAUAGAUUUUCAGACACUACAAAUUGUCAGAUUCUGUGGAUCCUUGAUCCUGUGGUUUCUCUCUGAAUACUGAAAUAUUAGUGUAUAGUUCCACAAAACUCUCAGUAGUUACUUGUAUUCUUAUGAAACAAAAAUUUAUUACCAUGUUAUCUGCUACA